AGGUCCUCCAGUGGGAACAUCCCUCACCGGGCCACGUCUUUAGGCGCUCACCUCUCCUCCUCCACGCAGGUGGCCAACCUGCUGCGGCUCUUCCAGAUCCCGCAGAUCAGCUAUGCCUCCACCAGCGCCAAGCUCAGUGACAAGUCCCGCUACGACUACUUUGCCCGCACUGUCCCACCAGACUUCUACCAAGCCAAAGCCAUGGCAGAGAUCCUCCGCUUUUUCAACUGGACCUACGUCUCCACCGUGGCCUCAGAGGGCGACUAUGGGGAGACGGGGAUCGAGGCCUUUGAGCAAGAAGCCCGCAUGCGCAACAUCUGCAUUGCCACCUCGGAGAAAGUGGGGCGCUCCAUGAACAAGAAGACCUAUGAUGGGGUGGUCCGGGCUCUGCUACAGAAGCCCAAUGCCAGGGUGGUCGUGCUGUUUACCCGAAGCGAAGAUGCCCGGGAGCUGCUGGCAGCUGCCCAGAGAGCCAACAUGUCCUUCAUGUGGGUGGCCAGUGAUGGGUGGGGAGCCCUGGAGAGCGUGGUGGCCGGGAGCGAAGCGGUGGCAGAGGGAGCAAUUACCAUCGAGCUGGCAGCCUACCCCAUUAAGGAGUUUGCUGCCUACUUUCGUAACCUCAGUCCCUACAAUAACAGCCGAAAUCCCUGGUUUCGGGAAUUUUGGGAGCAAAAGUUCAAGUGCAGCUUCCACACGCAGGACUGUAGCCGGUACUCCCUCAAGACAGGCAAGUUUGAGCCAGAGUCCAAGAUCACAUUCGUGGUCAAUGCGGUCUAUGCCAUGGCUCACUCUCUCCACAACAUGCACCAGGCGCUGUGCCCCAACACCACCAAGCUCUGCGACGCCAUGAAGCCCGUCAAUGGCAAGAGGUUCUACAAGGACUUUAUGCUCAAUGUUAAUUUUGACGCUCCGUUCAGGCCAGCAGACACCAAGAGCGUUGUUCGAUUUGACCGCUAUGGUGAUGGGAUCGGGCGCUACAACAUCUUCAACUAUCACCACAUGGACGGGCGGUAUCGGUAUCAGAAGGUGGGCUACUGGGCUGAGGGGCUCAUCCUCAACACCAGCCUCAUCCCAUGGGCUGAGACCUCCAUCCCUGUGUCCCAGUGCAGCGACCCCUGCAAGAAGAAUGAGAUAAAGAGCAUGCAGCCCGGAGACAUAUGCUGCUGGAUCUGCAUCCCCUGCCAGCCCUAUGAGUACUUGCUGGAUGAGUUCACCUGCAUGGACUGUGGUCUCGGUUACUGGCCCAACGAGACCCUAAAUGGCUGCUACGAGUUGCCCCAAGAGUACAUCCGCUGGAAAGAUGCCUGGGCCAUUGGUCCCGUCACUAUCUCCUGCCUGGGUUUUAUCUCCACCCUCUUCGUUUUUGGAGUUUUCAUGAAGAACAAUGACACCCCCAUCGUGAAGGCCUCCGGCCGGGAGCUCUGCUACAUUCUCCUGACCGGGGUCCUCAUGUGCUACAGCAUGACCUUCAUCUUCAUCGCAAAGCCUUCCACCGAGGUGUGCACGCUCCGGCGUCUGGGGCUGGGCACGUCCUUUGCUGUCUGCUAUUCAGCUCUCUUGACCAAGACAAAUCGCAUCGCCAGGAUCUUCAGCGGGGUGAAGGAGGGGGUCCAGCGCCCCCGGUUCAUAAGCCCCACAUCGCAGGUGGUCAUCUGCAUGGCCCUCAUUUCUUGCCAGCUGAUCAUCGUCAUCAUCUGGCUGCUGGUGGAGACCCCCGGCACAGGCAAGGAGACCGAGCCUGACAAGAGGUAUAUCGUCACCCUCAAAUGCAACAACCGCGACUCCAACAUGCUCAUUUCGCUCACCUACAAUGUGCUCUUGAUCGUCCUCUGCACGGUCUACGCCUUCAAGACACGGAAAUGCCCCGAAAACUUCAACGAGGCCAAGUUCAUCGGCUUCACCAUGUACACAACCUGCAUCAUCUGGCUGGCCUUCCUGCCCAUCUUCUAUGUGACCUCCAGUGACUACCGA